CGCAGCACGCUCCCGAUAGCCCACUCGUCUCGCUGCCGUACUGUAAUCAUAUGAUAGUGAGCCGAUCCCCGCUGCAGAAUACCCACACACCGGCGGACAUAAGCAGAGGAGCCGCGGCGGAUCAGACUAGUUGAUGGUAAACUUGUAACCGCCGGAGAAGUGCGCGGAGUCGGGCAAAGUGUCAAACCGAGCUGAACUCUCUCCCCGUACAGGAACUUUUUCAAACUCUGGAGAGUCGGGCAGAGGGGGGAACCGUGUGGAAGAAGACAGGGCUCGCAUACGAGACAUUAACCGAGGGACAGUCGAUUUUACAGGAGUUGAGAGUUGAAUUUUCUCAGUAGGUGGAGAAGCGGUCAGCGGGUCGCGCUCGGCGGAGUCCUCUGGGAUCCUCGCAUCGCUUUUCGGGGCGUGUGUUUCUCCCCCCCCCCAAAAAAAAUAAUAAAUAAGAAAAAAAGAAAAUAAACCCUUCAUCAAGUUUUCCCUGCUCGCUAGGUCACUUUAUUGCUUAAUCAAAAGCCAUGGUUGGGGAGACAGAGGUGAAGGAGAGACCCAAGUCCAACCCGGACUAUCUAAUGCAGCUGAUGAACGACCGGAAGGUGAUGAGUUCCCUGCCCAACUUCAGCGGCAUCUUCACGCAUCUGGAGCGGCUGCUGGAUGAAGAAAUUGGCAGGGUACGCAAAGACAUGUACAACGACACGCUGAACGGCGGCAUGUUCAACGGGCGGGACAUGGAGGAGCUUCCCGAAGCUGUCGGUCCCGUGGCUCAGCUGCAGGAGAAGCUCUACGUGCCUGUCAAAGAGUACCCAGACUUCAACUUUGUUGGGAGGAUCUUGGGCCCACGUGGACUGACGGCCAAGCAACUGGAGGCGGAAACCGGCUGCAAGAUUAUGGUGCGAGGAAAGGGCUCCAUGAGAGACAAGAAGAAGGAGGAGAUGAACCGAGGGAAGCCCAACUGGGAGCACCUCAGCGAGGACCUCCACGUCCUGAUCACAGUGGAGGACACACACAACCGCGCCAAGAUCAAACUCCAGCGGGCCAUCAACGAGGUCAAGAAACUUCUCGUGCCCGCUGCUGAGGGGGAGGACAACCUGAAGAAAAUGCAGCUGAUGGAGCUGGCCAUUCUCAAUGGGACCUACAGAGACGCCAAUGUCAAGACGCCCACCGCUGCCUUUCCUCUAGCGACCCCUCAGGCGCCUCGGAUCAUCACAGGCCCGACGCCCGUCCUGCCCCCCACCCUGCGCAACCCCGCCCCUGUCACCACACCUACACUCAUGCCUCUGAUCCGUCAGAUCCAGAGCUCCACUCUCGUGCCGGGAGCCAAUCCACAUCCGGCGCUGGUGCAGCAAGGGCCCGAAUCUGGAAUCAUCUACACGCCCUAUGAGUAUCCCUACACACUCACGCCCUCCAUAUUGGAAUACCCGAUUGACUCAACUGGAGUAUUAGUCCCUUCUCCCUGUGUUUUUGCAGCAGGUGCCAUGACCACUAAGGUACGACGCCACGACAAGAGAAUCCAUCCUUACCAAAGGGUAGUGACCACAGACAGAGCUGCCACGGCAACUAACCCAUGACCCCUUGACCUUCUGACCUUUCCGUCCACUGAUGACCCACCCAUCUCUGCCCGCUGGCGCGCUCAUUGGCCCGCGGCCCUGCCACUCCCCCAAGCUCAGCCAACCAGAGACCAGAACAUUGGGAGCAACCCAGCUGCUUCUGUUUAACCAACCAACCAGACGACAGCGAUCAUGGGAAUAAACCUCAGGACCCCGCCCAUCACCGAGUCCUAACCCAAACUUUACCAAACGUGCCUUCUUCCGAUAGCCCAAAGCCAGUCGAAAUUACAACCUUAAGCAGUAGACUUUACUGAGGAUGGGCCACAAACUGGUGAAGGGCUCCUAAAUAACCCCCGGCUGUGCCACACUGUCUCUCUGAAAUGCCAUGCCUUCAGUCCAUUUGAUGCAAUAAUAAUAACAUGGUAACUAAACUGAUAAUGGUGGUACUUAUCCAGCACAGAAACCCUCCAUAAAUACUAAACUGACUGAGAUAUGUUGAUGUUUUGAUACAUUUUUUUCCUCAGCGGGCACCUCUCUUACCUUAUUCGCAUUAUAACAUUUAUAAUUCAUUUACAAAUGCUCACGUAUUGUCAUGCUUUCCUUUUAAAAAGACAGUUCCAGAUAUGCAUUUGACAGGUCAGAUACUGCACAGCACGUACUGUCAAAAAUGUCUCUUAUUUCCUCUUGGUAACACAUAAAAUGCCAACGUGGAGCUUUUUAAAAAAAACUUCUUUCAUUAUAAAGCGACAGGUGCUCGAUGGGGAAAAAGAACAAACUGAAAUCCAAAAUGCCAAAGUAUCUCUGAGUGUUUCCUAAUAGGUAACGUGUCUUUAUACUGAGACGACACAUACAGGACGAAUGCCAAGCCUGUGCAGUAUGAAUACACACAUAAAGGGGAGGGAAGGUUGAACUCCUUUUGUCAAAUUCUCGAGGACUUACACAACGAUGCCUUUUUUUUUUUCCUCCACACUACAGUAUUCAGCGAGCUUGAACAACAGUGCCUUUAUUUAUUGAGAGCGAUGGAACAAUGUUACACCUAAAUCUUUGACUAUGGCAUCAUGGCAUUGUGCCCAGCUUGGUAUUAUAUCAUCUCCAUUUUUACGACUUUACAUCCACGGCUCUUCUCAAUUCAAAUUACGGUGCCAAGAGAAUAAAUAAAAAUAAUAAAAGGUGGCUCAUUUGAAUUGGAAGUGCAGCGCAGUAUCGAAGCUACGUCUGAAAUGUUUAUGCGAGGUUCGGACGCCUCCGUAGAACAGUGUUACAUUUUAUGUCUUUGUUUUAUUGUUUCUUUCGGGUGAUUGUGCUGCUGGAGAUGAAGUCGUCCUUAUGUCUCUGCAUGUGUUUUGUUUUUUUUUCCGAGGGUGUGGUACGGUUUUACAAACACAAAAACACACGCACACACACACAAGCCAAGUGAUGCCUUGAUAUAAGAGAAAACAUGCAUUCGUAACAUCUGUAACAAGUUUAUAAUGUAUUUUUAUAUCCUAUUUUGUACGUGAAAAUAACAUUAAAUGACCUUUUCAGAUGAGAACAUUAUGCCUUAUUAUGGAGAAUAAUUUGAUAACUAUCACUAUCCUUCAUGUGUCAUAAGUAAUCAUGUCACAAUGUCCUGAUAAACUGGAGUCUCUGAUGUUCUCUGUAUUAACUUGAGCCUCCUUUGCUUGCCUUCUGUGCCUUUUUGUAUACUAUGAGUGUGACAAUUAACAGUGUAGUACAACAUUAAUCUACUCUUCAGUGCCAAGUGUAGGUUACUAACUGUUACCACUUCUGUGAUUAUUAACCUCUUUAAUGGUAUCUGUCUCUGCCUUUAAAAAAAAAUACAUGUGUGUCUAAAAAGAAUUAAAAUGAAAAAAGGAAGAUACGUGUUGAACGAUGAUCUUUUAACUUUUAAAGUAUUCUGAGCAGGAAUAACUCUUUGUAAACGAUUAAACUCAUAGUUGUAAAACUAA